AUGAUGUUACCAAGCCCGGUCACCUCCACCCCUUUCUCAGUCAAAGACAUUUUGAAUCUGGAGCAGCAGCACUUCCACGGGGCGCACUUGCAGGCGGACUUGGAGCACCACUUCCACUCGGAGCCCUGUAUGCUGGCCGCAGCUGAGGGAACACAAUUUUCUGACGGCGGGGAGGAGGACGAAGAAGAAGAAAGCGAGAAACUGUCCUAUUUGAACUCACUAGCCACAGCCGACGGCCACGGGGAUUCGGGUCUCUGUCACCAAGGCUAUGUCCACUCAGUCCUGCGAGACUCGUGCAGCGGGCCGAAGGAACAUGAAGAAGAGGUCGUGAGGGAUCGGAACCAAAAAAGCUGUCAGCUGAAGAAGCCUCUAGAGGCGGCCGGAGACUGUAAGGCGGCGGAGGAGAGCGAGAGGCCAAAGCCACGCAGCCGCCGGAAGCCCCGGGUCCUCUUCUCACAAGCCCAAGUCUUCGAGCUAGAACGCAGGUUCAAGCAGCAGAGGUACCUGUCGGCGCCCGAGCGCGAGCACCUCGCCAGCAGCCUGAAGCUCACGUCCACGCAGGUGAAAAUCUGGUUCCAGAAUCGCAGGUACAAGUGCAAGAGACAGCGGCAGGACAAGUCUCUGGAGCUGGGAGCGCACGCACCGCCGCCGCCGCCGCGCCGCGUGGCGGUACCGGUGCUGGUGCGGGACGGCAAACCGUGCGUCACACCCAGCGCUCAGGCCUACGGUGCGCCCUACAGUGUGGGCGCUGGCGCUUACUCCUACAACAGCUUCCCUGCAUACGGCUAUGGGAACUCCGCCGCCGCUGCCGCUGCCGCAGCGGCCGCAGCAGCCGCCGCUGCCGCGGCCUACAGCGGCAGCUACGGCUGUACAUACCCAGCAGGCGGCGGUGGCGGUGGGGGGGCCUCUGCUGCCGCCACCACCAUGCAACCCGCCUGUAGUGCGACCGGAGGCGGUCCCUUUAUGAACGUGAGCAAUCUGGGAGGCUUCGGUGGCGGUGGCAGCUCACAGCAGUUGCACCAGGGUGCCACAGCCGGGACCGCGUGUGCACAGGGUACCUUACAGGGCAUACGCGCCUGGUAA